GCAGAUUUUCUACCUGACUUGUCUAGCCCUUCAACUUCAUCAAAUACUAAAUAGCUUACCAUUUAUCAUUAAAAUAAAUAGAAAUUUUGAAAUAUAAAACAGAACAAAAAUGGCAUUGCGUUUAAUGAAAAAUUCGAGCCAAUGCUCUGUACAAUUAAUAAAAAAUAAUAUGAUUAGAGCUAUGUCUGGUUUUCGUCUAGAAACCGACACUUUUGGUGAGCUGAAAGUGCCAGCUGAUAAGUAUUAUGGUGCUCAAACAAUGCGAUCUCAAAUCAACUUUCCGAUAGGUGGUACUCCAGAGCGUAUGCCGAAACCAGUUGUUAUAGCUAUGGGUAUUUUAAAGAAAGCUGCAGCUGAAGUUAAUAAGGAAUACGGGCUGGACCCAAAAUUAGGUGAUGCCAUUUCAAAAGCAGCCGAUGACGUUAUAUCUGGAAGAUUAUAUGAUGAAGGUCAUUUCCCUUUAGUGAUUUGGCAAACUGGAUCGGGCACUCAAAGUAACAUGAAUGUUAAUGAGGUUAUAAGUAAUCGUGCUAUUGAAUUAUUGGGUGGAAAACUAGGUUCGAAAGAUCCAGUUCAUCCAAAUGAUCAUGUCAAUAAAUCGCAAAGUUCAAAUGACACUUUUCCCACGGCAAUUCAUAUUUCCGUUGCCAUGGAAUUAAAUAAUAACUUAAAACCUGCAAUAACAAUUUUACGGGACGCAUUAAAAGCUAAAUCUGAUGAAUUCAAGGAUAUAAUUAAAAUUGGGCGUACACAUACAAUGGACGCAGUACCUUUAACACUUGGACAGGAAUUUAGUGGCUAUUCGCAACAAUUAACCAAUGCUUUAGCACGUAUAGAUGCUGCCUUGCCAAGAGUUUAUGAAUUAGCUUUAGGAGGUACUGCUGUUGGAACUGGUUUGAAUACAAGAAAAGGUUUUGCAGAAAAGUGUGCAAAACGAAUUUCUGAAUUAACAAAUUUACCAUUUGUUACGGCUCCAAAUAAAUUUGAGGCGUUAGCUGCACGUGACGCUAUGGUAGAGGUACACGGUUGCCUAAAUACUAUUGCAACAAGUUUAAUGAAAAUUGCAAACGAUAUUCGCUUCUUGGGCUCUGGGCCUAGAUGUGGUUUAGGGGAAUUGAUGUUGCCAGAAAAUGAGCCUGGCAGCUCAAUUAUGCCCGGUAAGGUUAAUCCUACACAAUGUGAGUCAAUGACAAUGUUAUGUGCUCAAGUUAUGGGAAAUCAAGUAGCUGUAACAAUAGGAGGAUCUAAUGGACAUUUCGAACUAAAUGUAUUUAAACCCCUAGUUGUUUCAAAUGUUCUAAGAUCUAUUAGAUUACUUUCUGAUGGUUGCAGAACCUUCUCAUCGAAUUGCGUUGUUGGAAUUCAAGCUAAUCGUGAUCGAAUUAAUAAGAUUAUGAAUGAAUCUUUGAUGUUAGUAACUGCCCUCAAUCCACAUAUUGGUUACGACAAAGCAGCAAAAAUUGCAAAGACUGCUCAUAAAGAAGGUACAACAUUGAAAGAAUCUGCCAUUAAAUUAGGAUAUUUAACUGAAGAACAAUUCAAACAAUGGGUCAGGCCUGAAGAUAUGCUGGGACCUAAAUAAAUAAAUAUUUAAUUGAAGUUUUUUGUUUUGUAAUUAUAUAAUAAACUUUAUUUAAAAUUAUUUUAUAAAAUUAUAUGCA